AUGCCUACAGCUAUCGCGACUGGUGAGGGCGACACCACCAGCCUCAUCCCGAAGAAGCGACGUCAGUCACAACAUUCUGACAUUGCAAAAGCCGUCCUUGUCGCUCGCCAGGGCGCAAAAUUAAUGUCUACCUCCGCGCUCCCACCACCUGCCAUUGAAGAUGUCGCCGAAAACGCCAAACAAGUCCAACUCGAAAAAGAUAAACCUGUAGCAUCCAAGGACACCCUGCUUGCACCUCCCAAAUCAUCCUUAGGACGCGCUCUUCAAGCAGUGGCAAUGGGCAGCCAAAACCAUGGACCCGCCAUGAACGACACCCCUCUACCAAGUGCGCCUUCGACAGCGCCUGGUAGCCCACGACUUUUCCCAGUCCGCCAGAAUUCUGGCACCGUCACCCCCCGAGUUCGACCCCCCGCCACGACACUCAACAUACCUGGCAUGACCAGAUCUCGAGUUUCGCCAAAUGGAAAGAUAGCAUCAAGAGAUGUGGGUGCAAAAUUGGUUAUCAUCAUGGUUGGUCUUCCGGCGAGAGGAAAGUCGUAUAUUACCAAAAAGCUUCAGCGGUACCUGUCGUGGCAGCAGCACGAGAGUAAAAUAUUCAAUGUUGGAAAUCGAAGGCGUGUAGCAGCAGGGAGCACACAAGGACCAGUUUCUCCUCCUCAGAACUCACCACCAGGAUCGCCAAAGAGAAGCGACACGACAAGAUCGAUCGGAGCGGCCAUGGAUGCACCCACCCAGGCGGCCCAUAUUCUUUUGAACGGCGUUGACCCAACACAAGAGCAGAACGAGUUAACCAAACUUCCGAGCGCCGAGGGAAUGGACCAGUCUGCUUCAUUUUUCGAUCCUAAGAACUCAAAGGCAGCUCAGCUGAGAGAGCAGGUGGCUAUGUCCACGCUCGACGAACUUCUGGACUUCCUUCUGAAUCAGGGUGGCUCUGUCGGUAUCUUGGACGCUACCAAUAGCACCGUCGAGCGCCGUCAGGUGCUGUUUAAUCGAGUAAAGGAGCGGGAACCCAAAUUAGGCAUUAUCUUCAUUGAGAGUGUUUGCCAGGACCAAAAGUUGCUUGAGGCAAAUAUGCGACUAAAGCUUCGUGGCCCAGACUACAAAGACAAGGAUCCAGAGAGUGCUCUUGCGGAUUUCAAGAAGCGAGUUGAAGCAUAUGAGAGCGCCUAUGUACCACUUGGGCAAUACGAAGAGGACCAGAACAUGCAGUACAUCCAGAUGAUCGACGUGGGACGCAAAUUGGUUCACCAUCAACUUCAGGGCUUCUUAACGAGUGGCAUUGCAUCGUAUCUCUCGACAUUCAACCUUUCGCCUAGACAAAUCUGGAUCACUCGUCACGGUCAAUCCGUCGAUAACCACCUUGGCAAACUUGGUGGGGACUCCGACAUCACUCAAGCCGGUCGAAACUAUGGGACCGUGCUAUACAACUUCAUCUCCAAGAAGCGUACGGAGUGGGAGGUCGAUCAGAAAUCACGAGCACUUGCAGCGCAGGAGUUUCUAGGUCCAGGAGAUCGUACCCCUCCCUAUCCGGAACUUCUUGGGGAUCUGGAUUCGAAGAACUUUUGUGUCUGGACUUCCAUGCUCCAGCGGAGCAUUCAGACCGCUCAAGACUUUGAGGAUGACGAGAACUACGAUGUUAAGAACUGGGAAAUGCUUAACGAGAUCCACGCCGGCAAAUUUGAGGGCAUGACAUACGGCGACAUCCAACAGAACUUUCCAGAAGAAUUCGCGAAGCGAGCUGAGGACAAGCUCAACUAUGUUUACCCUGGAGUGGGCGGCGAAGGUUACCUCCAAGUAAUCAGUCGUCUUCGUGAUAUGGUUCGUGAACUGGAGCGAAUCAAGGAUCAUGUUCUUAUUAUUGGACACCGGUCUGUCGCCCGUGUCCUGAUGGCUUACUUUAUGGAUUUUACUCGAGAUGAUAUUGCAGACCUCGACGUGCCCCUUGGACUUUUGUUCUCGAUUGAACCAAAGCCUUAUGGCAUCGAAUUUCACGCUUACAAAUACAACGACGAAGAAUUCUGGUUCGAUGAGCUCGUCGGUUACAAGCCACAAAAGGAGACGGUCAAGGGCAAUUAG